UCCUCUGUGCUAAAAGUUACUAGCUUUGUGUUAGCUCCCUACAAAGAGAUGCAUGUUUUCCAUCAGCACACAGACACCACAGCCUUUGGUCUAACACUCAUCUCUUAACUCGGUGUGUUGUGCUCCUGUGAAGGCUGCUCCUCCUCUGAAGGCUGUUGCUCCUCUGAACUAGCUCCCUAAAGAUGGCGGAGGACGAGAAGAGCAGCGAGCCUGUGAAAGAGAAAAACGAGCUCCAAAUCAUGAAGGAGCUCGUGGAUGAGAUGUAUAACUACAGAGAUUGUUACUUUGAGACUCACAGUGUGGAGGAGGCUGGAAGGAAACAGCAGGAUGUCGCACAGGAGAUGGAGAAGACGCUGAAGAAGCUGGAGGAGAAAGAAGAGCGAUUUAAGCACAAAGCAGAGUUCCUGCUGCAGAAGGGCAGGUGUCUGAACGUAGCUCCUGAUUUCAGCGCCGUAGCGGAAGAGUGCCUUUCCCGGGCUGUGAAGCUGGAGCCCGGCCUGGUCGAGGGCUGGAACACGCUGGGGGAGCAGUACUGGAAAAAAGGAGAUCUUACUGGUGCCAAGAAUUGCUUCACUGGUGCCUUACAACAGAGCAAGAACAAAGUGUCUCUGCGCAACCUGUCCAUGGUGCUGAGGCAGCUGCCGGCAGCGGACAGCGACGCACACAGCAAGCAGGUGCUGGAGAGUGUGGACAUGGCUCGACAAGCUGUCCAGCUGGAUGUCACUGAUGGGACUUCCUGGUAUAUCCUGGGAAAUGCUUACGUGUCGCUGUUUUUCACCUGUGGACAGAAUCCACAGCUGUCUCAACAAGCUCUAAGUGCCUAUGCACAGUCUGAGAAGGUGGACAGAGCAGCGUCUUGUUACCCGGAGCUGCAUUUCAACCGAGCCACUCUGUUCCAGUACGAGGAGAUGUACGGUUCGGCGCUCGGCGGGUACAGCAGAGCGGCGGCGCUCGACCCGGGCUGGGAGGAGCCUCCGGAGAGGGAGAGGCAGCUGCUGGAGUACCUGGGGAAAGUCACAGAACUCAUACAGAACAAGGGGAAGGUGAAGGCGCGUCGGUUACGGACGAUGCUCUCUAACCUCAACACGUCGGCUUUGGGACCCUGCUCCUCCCCUCAGUUUCGUUCUCCGACGGGCCGCGUGGGCAGCCUGGAACCCCGAACUCUGUCGUCCCUCACGCACGGCCACAACGCCGGGGUGGCCGCCCUGGGCAAGGUGGUGUUCAGUCUGGCCUCGGAGGGUCGCAUGGCCUUUACGUUCGGCAUGGUGGACAGCGAGGAGACAUGCAUAGUGGUGAUGGUGUACAACACGGCAGACAGCUGGGGCGUCCUCAUAGGAGACACUGUAGUCAUUCCUGAACCUCAGGUCAAACGACACAGUAUAACACAUAAAGAUAAGUCGUUUGACUUCAAAAGUAUUCGAGUAGACUCUCCUCUGCUCACUAUUGUGAAUGGCAAAAGACAAAAUGCCCAAAGUCAGAUCGCUGCCUCUGUCAGCUACAAGCCUCAGAGCGAAUGAGCACGAAGCGAAGAGGAGGACCAAGCAUGGAUGCUGGACGUAGAAGAAGAGUUUAGAUAAUUUUUUUGGGUGUAUGAAGAUUCCAAAGUUUGUGCCUGUUUCAUUUUGUUUUGUACAUACUGGUCUACAUGUUACAUUGUCUUUAGAGACACAGUUUGUUAAUAUUUAUAAAUAAUUCCUUCUUUUUUUAAAAAAAAAUUCUGUUGUUGUGUGAGCGAAAUGAGUUAUUUUGUAAGUGAACGAACAAACCUGUGAUUACUUCAGUUUAGCCAGAGAAAAGAAAAAAAAUCCUCUUAUACUUCAAAUGGUGCUCUGUCGAUUCUCAAAGUGAGAAAAAAAUGUUUAAAUUUACAGUUUUGGUGUUUUAUUCAUUCAACAAUCAGCAAAAUGGACAAAAUGUUUAAGGACUAUUUUUAUCAAACAUCUCUUUUUUUUCCCCAAAAGACAUUGUCGGAUGUUUGUGGUCUCAAACAACUUGUUGUGCUGCGUUUUCAACACACUGUUUAAAAUUGUAUAGUAUU